AUGCACGCCGAGACGGUUGUCUCAUGCGAAGACCGCGAGCGGCGUUCUGGUGUGCGUGAUCUGACUCUCGUUUUGCUGGCCUGCCUCUUCACUGCCUCGUGGCUGCCGGGCCUGCUUGACCCGCUUGUCUUGCCCGUAAACUCUGCCCAUCCACCCCCACUCGGACGUCAGCAGGCAUAG